AUGUUUGCAGCCAAUGAUUCUGAAACUGAAAUCUACUAUGCUUCGGAAUCACUACCCGAUCUUGAUAGUGAGCUAGAAGAAAAUGUACAGGACGAAGAUUUAGAGGCAGCUAAUGACGCUGAGGACGAUCUAUCCCUUGGGAAUAAUUAUAACGAUUUUAAUAUAACGAAUAUGGAAUUAGACGGUGAUUACACUUCUGAAGACGAAGAACAACGUCCUCGUGUUUCAACGGCAUACGGUUUUUUUCAACGUUUAGGAGCGCAUGCUACUCGUCAUCACCGUAGAUCAUCGUCACAGCGUAUCCGUGGUUUUUCACCUUUAAGUUCAAGGGUAACUUUACGAAGGUCAAAUGCAAUUACUGCUUCUUUACUCACACAACAUAUAAAACAUAAUAGCGAACUUGGUUCAAAAACUAUAAAUGGAGUUGGGUCAAAAGAAUUAGGACAAUUUCAUUUACCCGAAUCUAGUUUUUUAAGGGCAGGAAUGUCUUUUGCAGGAACUCAAAAUCUAAUGAAUACACAACCAUCACAAAGUAAUGAAGAAUGGGAAGUUAAAGUGGUAAAUACGGUUCAUUAUGUAAAUUAUAAAACCGGAACUGCUAUAGGUCUAAUGGAAGCUUUGAAUGUACCAUCAAGUUCAAAUACAGUUGUUACAUAUUGGGAAGGAGAAAUGAUUGAUUUCGUUAAUCAUUCACUUUGGACAGACAAAUGGAAUUCUACUCCCGAUAUUGACCUUCAACAUUGGAAAAAAUUUGAUGCAUUUCGUCAGAUGGAUGUUCGAAGAGGGACUCCUUCUCGAGAAUGGUUUCAGGAAGCCUGUCAAAAAUACAUAUUUAUGAGAUGGAAAGAACAUUAUUUUGUCAAUGUAACUGCUCAAGAGAGUGGGUUAACGAUUGCCGGAUUUUAUUACAUUUGUAUUAGGAGGAGUGAUGGAGCCAUUGAAGGUUAUUAUUUCGAUCCAGUAUCAACGCCUUAUCAAAAGUUAACUCUUAAGCCAUUAUUAGAAGGAAAUGGAGUUUCAUUCUGUGAUUAUACAUAA